AGUAAAGCAAGGAUGUCUGGAGAUCUGUCCCUGGACAUUAACAUCAAGGAGCCGCGAUGGGACCAGAGCACGUUCAUGGGCCGUGCCCAGCACUUCUUCUUCGUCACCGACCCCAGGAACAUCCUAAAGUCCUCUGAGACCCUGGAGGAUGCACGGGUUACUGUGGAGAACUACAGGUACAGUGGGAGAAGAAGAGAGGGAAGGAGGAGUGAGGAUAACGCGGCGGAACGGGUGUGGGAAUGAACUGCUGUCCAGUGAGACACUGAGAACACAUGGGUCACUGGGGAGAAUUAAAGGUAUAGAUGGAGGACAGGAUAAGGAAUUUGUGUAAGGAGGGGUGAGGUCUUGGGAAGGAAAAUGAUACCUUGGAAAGCCACUGCAUUACUCCUACUCCUCUCUCUGUACAAAGGGGUGUGUGGUGCCUUGGGAGGAAUACCUUUACAUUAUCGGAAGCAUCAAACCAAAAUCUAUUGACUCUGUGGCUCAAAAUGCAUUCAUGUAUGAGCAUGGAGACAAUCUACAGCAGUGUCUCUGAACUGAAGAGUUCAAGACGCUAGCUAGCUGUCAUCUUAACCUGAUAUCCCCCCCCCCCCCCCCCCCGGCAUAAUAAGAGAAGGAAACAAACAACAUUUGACAGACAGACCACUAAUUAGGCUUGGCCUGUAAGUUGGAACAUCUGAUAUACUGGUUUCUCCCUUACACCAGAGAUUGUCUGAAAACACACAAAUAAAUGUGUAAGUCUAAGCCGUGCCUUUGUUAUGAACAAAUGCAAAAAUGGGCACAUUCCUUUAAAACAACGGAUGUUCUUCUUUAAUGCUUUAUGUUAAAAAAUUGUAGGCAGGGUAAGCCUUAGCCUCUAUUUAUGAUAGCACAUGUUGAAUCAAAGAUAACAAUUAUUUGCCCCAAUGCUAAGAAUUUCUGUCUCAUUCAUUCAGUCACUGUUUAAAGAGUUUGAUGUACUUGUGUCCCAGGUUAGGAGUGGUGAAGCCAGGUCUAACAGAAGAUGAGCUGUGGAGAGCCAAGUACAUCUAUGACUCUGCCUUCCACCCUGACACUGGAGAAAAGAUGGUGGUGGUGGGACGCAUGUCUGCCCAGGUCCCCAUGAACAUGACCAUCACCGGAUGCAUGCUCACAUUCUACAGGUAAUACUAGGGUGUAUUCAGUUUUCAAUUUAAUACAUGUUAAAUACAAUUUGUUUGUAGCAUAAGACACAGAACAUGUAAACACAAUCAAAAAAGAUCAGAUGAGGUGAAAUUGUCUAAGAGAAAAAUGCAUAGAUCAUGUAAAAUGUUAGAAUUGUCAUUUUACUCAGGACACAGCUAUUGUGGAUGACGUGGAUAGAUUUCAUGUUCUGAGUACCUCACCCUCUAACUCAAAAUUUCUGCUCAGAGGGCAAGACCAGAGUAACAUACUGCAGCUAUUUUUGGGUGUGAUGUGCAUACAGUCCCCGCUUAUAAAUAUCUGGAUUGAUGAAAAUGUUAUAUUUUGAAAAAGCAUACGGAUGAGUUAGUUGAGAAUAAAAAUGGGCUUCUUCAGAAAUAGAUCAUGCCUCUCCCUGAAUAGCAGAAAGCAUAUCAUUCUGUCAACUUUCCUGCCAGUGCUAGACUAUGGUGACUCCAUUUAUAUGAAUGCAGCUACCACUACAGUGAAGCCAUCAGAUUCAGUUUACCAUAGUGCAAUUCACUUUAUUACGGGUGACGGGUUCAGUACACAUCAUUGCAUCCUAUAUCAGAAUGUAGGCAAUCUUAAGUUUCGUAGAUCGAUGCAUAGCACCUUUUUUGUUUAUAAAGCCCUCUUGCACAAACUUCCACCGUACCUUACUUCAUUGUAAAACUACAGACUAACGAGUCACCAGACCCGAUCACAAGGAUGGCUAAAUCUAGAGGUCCCGUUUUACCACAGAAUAAGGUAAAUCUGCAUUCUGUGUUUUUCCGGCCCAUGUAUGAAAUGAUCUGCUCCUCUGCACCUUGAGGCUGUUACCUCUAGGGCAGUUCAGGUUGUUGAUGGAGGAACUCCGUGUUUUGGAAUGUGAUUGCUUUUCUUAAAUUGCUUGUAAAUAUGUACUUUUUUUAUGCGUUGUACUUGUGCAUUUGUAUGAUUUGUGUACAUGCAGGGCUCCCUUGAAAAAGAGGCCUAGGUCUCAAUGGGAUUUCCCUGCUAAGAUGAAGGUUACAUUUAUUUUUUUGUCACACUGUAACACAAUUAUGUAAACACUGCAUGGAAGUGGAAAGUGACAUUUUUAUUUAUUUUACAAGUUGUGAUUUAGCUUUGUUUUCUAUGAGCAAUUCAAGCAAUCUGCCUCUGAAUUAAAUAUCAGAAAUGAUGAAUGCUUACUCUCACUUUCCUUCUCCCCCUUUCCUUCUCCCCAUUUCCUUCUCUCGUCUCUUCCCUUGCCCUACCCUUCUCUCCCAUGUUUACAUAAUUGUGACUUUCCAUAUCCCCUCCCUUUUAUCUCCCCUUUCUCUAAUCCCUUUACCAUCUCUCACCUUCUCUCCUCCCCUCUCUCACCCUUUUUUACCCUCUCUCCUCCCACUCUCCUCACCUCUCUUGAACCUCUCUCCUCCAGGACGACUCCAGCGGUUGUGUUCUGGCAGUGGGUGAACCAGUCCUUCAACGCUGUGGUCAACUACAGCAACCGCAGUGGAGACGCUGCCCUCACCACCAAGUAGGGACUGGGACCACUUACACCACAACCACAUUACUAAACCAGCCCUACUGUACCUGUAAUUGGCUAGUACUAGGGUGCAUCUCAUAGCCUUAGCUACUGUAUCUUCCUCUCCUCAUCUGCUUUCCUUCAUCAGUACUGAUCUGAAAGGACAUGGAUAGGUGGGAGCAAAUCCCCAUAACAUUUCCACUCUGUUGCUUUCACCUGUCUUCUCUUUUCCCAAUGGCGCAGAUGAAGGAAAAGAGACAAGGAGAGAAGACCAUAGUAGACUAUUGAGAUGCACCCCUAGCCUAUCUCUGUAUGGAGGCCUCCUGUCCUGCAGGGCAAAGCAGAGGCUAGCCAGUGGAACCCCAGUCCACUACACUCCUCCCCUUACAGCGGUAUAAUACCCCACUCUUCAGCAUGCUCAUCCAUUCCACCUGAAAGGCUGUAGCUGUACCCCUCCUUCCAUGUCUGCAGCAGGUAGAGGAAGCAAGGCAUUUGCAUACGUGUUUCUGGUCUGGGGCCAUAUGCAUCAAGCGUUUCAGAAUAAGAGUACGGAUCUAGGAUCAUGUCUCCCCUGUCCAUGUAAUCUCAUGCAUUGUGAUCUAAAAGGCAGAACUGAUCCUAGAUCAGCACUCCUACUCUGAGAUGUUUAAUACAUACAGCCCCGGUAUUGAGGCUUUACAAAUCCGGGCUGCAUCUCAAUAGUCUAAAGUGGCUUUCUCUCAUCUGCACCGAUCUGAAAACACAUGAUCGGUGAAAGCAACAGGUUUCCACUAUCAGGAGAUUUCGCCUGUCUUGUUAUUUCAGAUCAUUGCAGAUGAAGGGAAGGAGACAAGGAAAGGGUGCCAAUUUCGACUAUUGAGAUGCACCUACACUACCGUUGAAAAGUUUGGGGUCACUUAGAAAUGUCAUUUUUUUCGAAAGAAAAGCUAUUUUUUGUCCAUUAAAAUAACAUCAAAUUGAUCAGAAAUACAGUGUAGACAUUGUUAAUGUUGUAAAUGGCUAUUGUAGCUGGAAACGGCAGAUUUUUUAUGGAAUAUCUACAUAGGCGUACAGAGGCCCAUUAUCAGCAACCAUCAGUCCUGUGUUCCAAUGGCAUGUUGUUUUCUAAUCCAAGUUUAUAAUUUUAAAAGGCUAAUUGAUCAUUAGAAAACCCUUUUGCAAUUAUUUUAGCACAGCUGAAAACUGUUGUGCUGAUUAAAGAAGCAAUAAAAUUGUCCUUCUUGAGACUGGUUGAGUAUCUGGAGCAUCAGCAAUUGUGGGUUCGAUUACAGGCUCAAAAUGGCCAAAAACAAUUAACUUUCUUCUGAAACUCGUCAGUCUAUUCUUGUUCUGAGAAAUGAAGGCUAUUCCAUGCGAGAAAUUGCCAAGAAACUGAAGAUCUCGUACAGCGCUGUGUACUACUCCCUUCACAGAACAGCGCAAACUGGCUCUAACCAGAAUAGAAAGAGGAGUGGGAGGUCCCGGUGCACAACUGAGCAAGAGGACAAAUACAUUAGAGUGUCUAGUUUGAGAAACAGACGCCUCACAGGUCCUCAACUGGCAGCUUCAUUAAAUAGUACCCGCAAAAAACAACAGUGAAGAGGCGACUCCGGGAUGCUGACCUUCUAGGCAGAGUUACAAAGAAAAAGCCAUAUCUCAGACUGGCCAAUAAAAAGAAAAGAUUAAGAUGGGCAAAUGAACACAGACACUGGACAGAGGAAGAUUGGAAAAAAGUGUUAUGGACAGACAAAUCGAAGUUUGAGGUGAUCGGAUCACAAAGAAUAACAUUUGUGAGACGCAGACCAAAUGAAAUAAUGCUGGAGGAGUGCUUGAUGCCAUCUGUCAACCAUGGUGGAGGCAAUGUGAUGGUCUGGGGGUGCUUUGGUGGUGGUAAAGUGGGAGAUUUGUACAGGGUAAAAGGGAUCUUGAAGAAGGAAGGCCAUCACUCCAUUUUGCAACGCCAUGCCAUACCCUGUGAAUGGCACUUGAUUGGAGCCAAUUUCCUCCUACAACAGGACAAUGACCCAAAGCACAGCUCCAAACUAUGCAAUAACUAUUUAGAGAAGAAGCAGUCAGCUGGUAUUCUGUCUAUAAUGGAGUGGCCAGCAUAGUCACCGGAUCUCAACCCUAUUGAGCUGUUGUGGGAGCAGCUUGACCGUAUGGUACGUAAGAAGUGCCCAUCAAGCCAAUCCAACUUGUGGGAGGUGCUUCAGGAGGGAUGGGGUGAAAUCUCUUCAGAUUACCUCAACAAAUUGACAACUAGAAUGCCAAAGGUCUGCAAGGCUGUAAUUGCUGCAAAUGGAGGAUUCUUUGACGAAGGAAAGUUUGAAGGACACAAUUAUUAUUUCAAUUAAAAAUCAUUAUUUCUAACCUUGUGAAUGACUACAUUUCCUAUGCAUUUUGCUAUAUUUCCUAUUCAAACUAAUUUCAUGGAUGUUUUCAUGGAAAACAAGGAAAUUUCUAUGUGACCCCAAACUUUUGAAAGGUAGUGUACUUUAACCAGGACAAAUGCAGAAUUAGAAGGAGAGAUGCUGGUGCUUCUUAGUUCAUAUACAAAUGCAGAUGGAAAUCAUUAUGGAAGGAGCAUGUAAUGACUGGGGACCAUUUAAAUCGUUAUUACUGUAGAGAGAUUCCUGAACUGUACAUCAUCAUGUCUGCCUGACUUGUUAAGUUUUGCAAUAAAUAUUGCAUGUAUUCCGUAUGCAUUGUGACCAUGUGCAUCGUGACUUGAGACCUCUGUCUGUGUAUUAGAUAAGACUAGAUUCUGGUAAAUGUUUGGAACAGGAACAUUAUUGAGGCUCAGUAAAUUGUUUUUUUUUAAGACGCUAAGAUGUAAAUGUGUGUCCCUAUGUUCUGUCAGUCAGCUGGCUGCAGCGUACAUCAGUGCCACCACAGGAGCUGUAGUCACAGCCCUGGGACUCAAGUCUCUAGCCAAGGUACUGGACUGUCAUCUUAGUUCAAGUUGAUUUACACUUCGCACAUUUGCUUAGCUUUUUUUUUAGCUCCAUGAAAAAUCUACAUUGAAACAAACUCCCUCUCUCCCCAGCGCCUUCCAGCCGUCAUGAGCCGGUUCGUCCCCUUCUUUGCUGUAGCGGCUGCCAACUGUAUCAACAUCCCCUUCAUGAGGCAGAGGUGAGCUAGAGUUUAGACACCACAACCAAUGUUCCCUUUAAACUGCCCCAGGACUGCAGCGCAGAUGAAAUCUGAGCCCGCGCAGAGAAGUACGAGUUUAGAAAGUUGAGUGAAGUUCAGAGUUUUCCCCCUGAAUCAACGCAAUAUUAUCCACUUGGUCGACCAAGAGUCAUCUGUCAAAAUUUUUAAACGUGUAUUAUUUUUUUCUUCCAUAUAGACUGUGUUUUAAUCUAAUCAACUAUAUGCGCUGAGCUUGUCUGACGCUUUAAGCGCUCUGUUUGAUGAAAUAAUUAAGACACACAAAUGACUAGAGGGAGUCCGGCAAUUGAUUUGAUUGUGCCGGGCUCAGACUUGCUGCGCUGUGUAAACUUAAAAAUAACAUAAAAAUGACAGCGACUGUGACUAGCACCCGUUGACUCUCUCCUCCCUGCUGCAGCGACCACCACAGAACAUCAACAGUGUUCAUCGCGCUGUCCGUGUUGCUGAAGCUGCAAAAUAAUAACAGCCAUUUCUGACUGAAAAGUUUUGUACCGAAAUCCCUAAUUUGUUUAGGGAAAAAAAUCCCUAUUCCCUCAACCCUUGCUCUCUUUACGUGACACAUGUAUGCAUGUAGUUGGCGAAAUGGAACGGUUUAUUUAUUGUUUACGCUAAUUAUUCAAGGGUCGCUUUGUUAUUUUAUUUUAAAACAAAAAUGCUUGAUUACAUUUCAAAUCAUGAAUGACUUGUAUGCAACAAUAUCCUGGUUAACUUUAUUAUUAUGAACAUAGCCACAUGGUCUAGGAAAAGGCACCAAUAAAAACGCAGGAAAAAUCAUAUUUGUUAUAAAAUAUUAUUUUUAUUAGUGUUGCGCCAUUGUCCUUAACCAUAUACAAUUUCAGUACAAUGGAUUAGUUCACUCAGACAGGCACGAAUCAGACUGGUGUCUUGUACACCAUGAAUUCUUUAUUCUUUUUUUUGCUACUGCUCGACUAAAGAAAUCUCGGUCGGCCUAAGACUUAGUAUGCAAAACGAACUACUGUAUGCAAGAGAUUUUGUUGUAGGCAGAACGCAUCGGAGUAGGAUUCUAUUGCAUUGACACACACGCACGACUCAGCCCAUACUCUACACAGACCGGUGCGGUAUAACCAAUCAGACCUACAGUGGGGAGAACAAGUAUUUGAUACACUGCCGAUUUUUUUGCAGGUUUUCCUACUUACAAAGCAUGUAGAGGUCUGUAAUUUUUAUCAUAGGUACACUUCAACUGUGAGAGACGGAACCUAAAACAAAAUUCCAGAAAAUCACAUUGUAUGAUUUUUAAGUAAUUAAUUUGCAUUUUAUUGCAUGACAUAAGUAUUUGAUACAUCAGAAAAGCAGAACUUAAUAUUUGGUACAGAAACCUUUGUUUGCAAUUACAGAGAUCAUACGUUUCCUUUAGGUCUUGACCAGGUUUGCACACACUGCAGCAGGGAUUUUGGCCCACUCCUCCAUACAGACCUUCUCCAGAUCCUUCAGGUUUCGGGGCUGUCGCUGGACAAUACGGACUUUCAGCUCCUUCCAAAGAUGUUCUAUUGGGUUCAGGUCUGGAGACUGGCUAGGCCACUCCAGGACCUUGAGAUGCUUCUUACGGAGCCACUCCUUAGUUGCCCUGGCUGUGUGUUUCGGGUCGUUGUCAUGCUGGAAGACCCAGCCACGACCCAUCUUCAAUGCUCUUACUGAGGGAAGGAGGUUGUUGGCCAAGAUCUCGCGAUACAUGGCCCCAUCCAUCCUCCCCUCAAAACGGUGCAGUCGUCCUGUCCCCUUUGCAGAAAAGCAUCCCCAAAGAAUGAUGUUUCCACCUCCAUGCUUCACGGUUGGGAUGGUGUUCUUGGGGUUGUACUCAUCCUUCUUCUUCCUCCAAACACGCCGAGUGGAGUUUAGACUAAAAAGCUCUAUUUUUGUCUCAUCAGACCACAUGACCUUCUCCCAUUCCUCCUCUGGAUCAUCCAGAUGGUCAUUGGCAAACUUCAGACGGGCCUGGACAUGCGCUGGCUUGAGCAGGGGGACCUUGCGUGAGCUGCAGGAUUUUAAUCCAUGACGGCGUAGUGUGUUACUAAUGGUUUUAUUUGAGACUGUGGUCCCAGCUCUCUUCAGGUCAUUGACCAGGUCUUGCCGUGUAGUUCUGGGCUGAUCCCUCACCUUCGUCAUGAUCAUUGAUGCCCCACGAGGUGAGAUCUUGCAUGGAGCCCCAGACCGAGGGUGAUUGACCGUCAUCUUGAACUUCUUCCAUUUUCUAAUAAUUGCGCAAACAGUUGUUGCCUUCUCACCAAGCUGCUUGCCUAUUGUCCUGUAGCCCAUCCCAGCCUUGUGCAGGUCUACAAUUUUAUCCCUGAUGUCCUUACACAGCUCUCUGGUCUUGGCAAUUGUGGAGAGGUUGGAGUCUGUUUGAUUGAGUGUGUGGACAGGUGUCUUUUAUACAGGUAACGAGUUCAAACAGGUGCAGUUAAUACAGGUAAUGAGUGGAGAACAGGAGGGCUUCUUAAAGAAAAACGAACAGGUCUGUGAGAGCCGGAAUUCUUACUGGUUGGUAGGUGAUCAAAUACUUAUGUCAUGUAAUAAAAAGCAAAUGAAUUACUUAAAAAUCAUACAAUGUGAUUUUCUGGAUUUUUGUUUUAGAUUCCGUCUCUCACAGUUGAAGUGUACCUAUGAUAAAAAUUACAGGCCUCUACAUGCUUUGUAAGUAGGAAAACCUGCAAAAUCGGCAGUGUAUCAAAUACUUGUUCUCCCCACUGUAUAUGCAAGUAGACCAUUGCCAUAUAUGGAUCUGUGCCGUUCUCUUUUGAACUGGAUUUACAGCAUGAGAGGUCUUGAGUAGAUGCGCUUGUUUUGAGAUCAAAGCGAGAGCUGCAUGUAGCCACGUCUGCACAUUUGUUCAUAUCCUUUGCUAGUUAUUGAGUUAUUAGCCCAGUUAUAGAUCAUUUGUAGUCCACAAUGGGAGUGAUUGCUUCCUACAAAAGCACAAAACGUGUACAUUUAUAGAGUCAGGGAAAAUAGCUUUUUUGUCUUCAAGAGGCAGUUGUAUUUUGACACAGGCUUGAAUAAGUUAAGUAGCCAAUGGGCUAUGUUGUAGCAUGAUUUGUCUGAUUCUCUGUAAUAAUGGUAUGGGAAUAAUAAUGCAUUUAUUUUGUUAAGUGAUUUCUUAAAUAAAACCACACAUUUUCAGUCACCUUUUUGUCUAAAAGACAAGUGGAUAAACAGGUUAAUGUCAAGCCCUGCAUGUGUUUUUAAAAGUCUCAUGGGAUGUAGUCCUACAUUAAACACACAUUGGCUGCUACUGUAGGCUGAAUGAUAGAACAGUUAUUUCCAUGUUAAAUGUUAUGGGAUGCAUUUUCUCCAUAGUUUUUUAUGGUAGGCCACUCUGGUAUGCCUACAUAAUGAUCAAAUAGCCACAGCAGCCUACUUGACCACUGUCUGAAACUGUAAGUUAAAGCAGGUACAGCCUCAAUGUUCACAGUAAACGCGUGCUGGAAGUUGCACAGAAUUUUCACAAUGUUCAAGUUUGCUCUCAGCAGACCUGAAAUUUGCUCAGUGCUGAAAAUAAUUAGAGGGAACAAUGACCACAACUCUUGGUCUUUCUAACUAGGGACAAAGGUUUUCCUUAGCACUGUCUUCUUUGUCAACUCUUUGAGGGGUUAGUACUGUGUUGCUGUCAAACACUUUGUGUUAGAUGUAUUUGUAAAAAAAAAAAAACUUUAUACAAAUGUGAUUCAUUAAACAUUGCUAUGACAGGUUUGGUUGAAUUCCAUUCUCUCCUUAUUUCCCUCUUCUUAGGGAGCUGAAGUACGGCAUUCCAGUGACCGAUGAGAAAGGGAACCGGUUAGGAGAGUCAGUCACCGCUGCCAAGUCAGGCAUCAUCCAGGUGGUGGUGUCCAGGAUCGGCAUGGCUGUGCCAGCUAUGGGUACUGUGUUUCACACAUCAUGGGUUGAACAUUGUUUUGUUUUUCUGGUGGGACACUAUGUGACCGAACACCUGGAUUUGAAUUUGUCUUUUUUUACGUUGGAUGAAAGUAGAGACUCAGAGCUAGAAAAUUGUAUAUCAUACACUGCAGUUGAGGAAAAAUGGGAAAGUAAUUCUGCUUUGAAAUUUGAUACACUUGUAACCUCACUUUUGAGAAAAUGGCCCUUGAAUGUUUUGGCACACCUGCUGGAGAGCUCUUUGGCUACACCUAUUCAGCAUCGUUCACACCUUCUGAAGCCUUAGCCCCACCCAUCUCUUUAAGGAUUCACAUGUGAGGCCAUGUGCUAAACAGAGUGAGUAAGGUAGUGUAGUAAACAACCAAAGAUUUCAAGACUAAAAGUGGUGAAAGGAGUAGCCUACAAUAAGGAAAAACUCCAGUUAAAAAUACACUUUUAUCUAGUCCUUGGCCUAUAUCCUAAUAUGACUUUGGUGCAGGUCAUGUUCUUCACAUUACCGUCUCUGGUAAACGCACACUAUAUCAAAUGAAAUCAAAGUUUAUUUGAUCACAUGCACAGGAUACAGAAGGUGUAAAUGGUACAGUGAAAUGGUUAUUUGCAUAGGAAGUGUCCAGAUAAAAAAUAUUGUAUAAUUAUUAGAUGAUGUGUACCCAGACACACUUGUCUAAAUUGAUGGUUCAUGUGAAAUACAUGCUAUAAUCAACCCCCAGCCACAUCUAGCUAAGUGGAUGGGGUCACUAUUGUCUAGAGAUGUACACAUGUUCAUGAAGUACAAUAGAUGGCCGUAAUCACCCCCAGACACACCUGGCUAACUUGAUGGGUCAUGUAAUCAUCUGGCGAAGUGGAGUCUUUUGUUUAGAUAUGUAGCUAGAUGAUUAACCAUAAUCCCAACCCAUACUAUUCACAAUACAAACGGAUUGUCAUAGCUAGCCACUAUGCAUGAAAUGCUGUAGUAUGAAUCUGCAGGUAGCUAAAGCUAACAAACUAAGUUAAAUGUUAGCUAGCUAACAUUAGGCUAUAACUAGCAAUUCAAAUGGCUUCUUCUGAUACAAAUAAUAUUACUACACAGAUCAUACACGUAACGUUAACUAGCGAGCCAGCACGCUAACGUUCGCUAGCCAGUUAACAGUAUGCUUUAACUUGCAAUGAAAACAACUGACUAAAUUAGAAACGUAUAAUAUCUGAAAAUGUAGCUAGACUCUUACCCGUGUACAUGGAUGAAUGCUUCACGGCAGACUGGAACCCCUUUAGCUAACUAAGACGUCCUGUGUUGUUUCCAGCUUGUUUGGCCCGCGUUGUGUCAAGUCACUUCGGUUCACACUGACCGUGUGCAGAAAGUAGUCCAUCACAACUUUUUCCCACUGGUCUUUGUCGAUAGCGCCGGCUAAAUUCAGGGCAGCAAUGUUGUUGAGGGCAGUAGCAACACUUUUGCAGUUCUCAAUAGCUAACGUAAUAUCUUUCAAAAAAGCAGCGGUAGCAAGGAUUAUCUACACAUACUGAGCAGCUCGUGUUAUAGACAUAAGCGUGCUACAUGGUAGACCAAUCCAAACUCCUCUCUCGCAAUGUCCAGCCCAUCCAUUAUCUCUGCCAAUCAUGGCUAGCGGGAAGUUUCCUUUCUUUUUCUGUGGCUAAACCAACUAGGCUUGUGAUUUAACAAUUGUAUUCAUAUUUACAGAUGGCAUACAAGUUUGUUAUUAAGGCACAUGAAGUUCACAUGUUCCAGAAGGCAUUUCUGCCCCAAAACACAUUUUGAUCAAAAUAAACAAAAUAUGUGUUGUCUCUUGAAAAUUCUCAUUGUUUUCUCUCUCUCUCUCUCUCGGUCUGUCCACAGCUAUCCCCCCUGUGAUAAUGAACGCCCUGGAGAAGAAAGCCUUUAUGAAGGUAAUGUUACAACAGAUGGAUGGAUGCCUGUCAUGCUCCCUACAGUCAGUGGGUUUACUGGAGCUGGUACUACGUACAGUCUGUGUGUGGUGGAGAAUCUGUGGCAUGUAGCCACUGUUGUACUAGGCCUACCCUCUAUUUGGAGUUCAAACCACAUAAUUAAAUAGUGUCAUUCUAUCUGUAUUGUUCAGCCAUAUAAAAUAUGCUACGCUACUUGUUUGUUGGUGUCAUGAGAGGCCAGUGGAAAUCCAAGCUUCUGUGUCUUGUCGUGUCUGAUAUCCUGUGUCGAUCCACUAAAUCUCUAGCCUGGUCCCAGAUCUGUUUGUGCUGUUUUGUCAAUUACCAUAUGAGUAAGCACAAACAGAUCUUGGACCAGGCCUGUAAAGCUCUUCAAUACUGUCAGUGUAAUGUCUGUAUACUGUCGGUUGAUUUCAUAAAAAAGUUGCUCUCACAAUUUCUCUGUUCUCUCCUCAGCGGUUCCCAGUCCUAAACGCCCCAGUACAGGUGGGACUGGUGGGUCUGUGGUAAGUAUCUAUAGUUAAUGAUACUGUAAUCUGUGUUUGUUUUGGUCUAUGUUUCAUCCAUGUUAUCAGUCUAAGGGAGUAAUUUUCCUCUCUCAAUGACAUGCGCUGUAAGCAAACUAACCAAAACAUGCUAUGAAGACUGCACUUCACGAUUGCAUUCCCUGUACUGCUUGUGUUGCACUGUUUACUUAAACUCUGGUUGAACAAACCUCCUUUUAUCUCUAUUUCAGCCUGGUGUUUGCAACUCCUCUGUGCUGUGCCCUGUUCCCACAGAAGAGGUAAAGUAUGGCCAUAUGUUACAUACCUUAGCUAUAGACAGUGGAUCUGCUUUUCCUCAACAUAACAAAGAGAGUUUCAACGCUCUAAUAAUCAACAUCUAUUUCUCUCUCGGACUCUGUUUCUGGCCCCUCCUCUCUCCCUCCCUCUCUGUAGUUCUAUGGCUGUGAGCAGCCUGGAGCCAGAUCUUCAGGAGAGGAUAGGACAAAGCAGUCCCCACACUACCUCCGUCUUCUUCAACAAAGGCCUUUAGGACCACACAAUAACACCCACCACGAUACUACAGCUCAGUGGGAACAACUGUAAGGGCAAAGCGAAUAUUAUAUUUAUGCAUAUUUUUUAUUUACCUGUUUGUUAAAGAUGUUUGUUGUUCUAGGCUUUUGGAUUUUUAUUAGGGAGGAGGUGAUGGUGAGGGGUGCGUUUCAGUCCUACAAAGUUGCUUCCUUUACUGAAAUGAUGGAAUAAGUGGGUGAAUGCCUACCAGUCAAGUUUUUCUCAUUGUAUACUGA